UCGUUUUGUGAAAAUGAAUCACGGUAAUUACAAGGUCACGUGAGACUGUUUCGUUUCUCUGGUAUAACCGCACUUUUCAGAAAACUCUUCUCCCAAGCCUUGAAAACUACCGAAGUCAGGUACCCGGCCUGACCUCGAUUUCUGUCUGUAGUUAUAACGCCGUUACAGAAGGAGAGGACACGCUUUGUUACGUAAUGAACAUAUUUGUUUCUAUCACUGGGAAAUAACAAUCAUGUUCUUUCUGUUUAUUUUGUGAGCUCAGGUGGUAAAUCCAAUAUUUCCGCCUGUAUUGAAGGCAGCUGGAGCUCAGGCAAUGUCGGCAUUUACGCUGCCAAGUGCAGCCAAGCAGCAUAAAACUACACUCAGUCGACCAGAACGAGACCAGAAGUUGAAAAAUAUUACCUUCAAAUUAAAAUUUGAUCUUUUACCAAAAGUCUAGUAGGGAAAACUGGCUUAGAAGUGAGUAAAGCGGGCUGCUUGUUUCAGGUCUCAUUCUGUGGUUCACAGUGUGUCUGUUUGUUUUGGUGAAUUAUGGUGAUUCGAAUAUAGAAAAUAUAUACCAGCAGUUGAGAUGGGUCCUGCAAGCUUGUGAACCUGCCUCCAACCUGGGGCGAGUGCAGGAGUACCGGGGCUUUGCUUCAGAGCGCCUUGUGUGCUAACACUUUGUUUUCACACUUGACGCUAAAGCACUCUGGGCACAUACACAUCUAAGCUUGAGACGCUUGUGCGAGGCGAUGCGGGGGACUUGAGGCCGCCAGGGAAGACCCCGCAUUUCAUGGACUACAGCUAGCCAGAAAUGAUGGUGGGCAAUAACAGGACAAAACAGAUGUUGACGAGACUGAACUUAAGCUACACGGACCGGAUUCAGCCAGCUCAAAUGUCUGCUUCCUCGCCCCCAUUCACCUGGACAUCGGUAGCCGACUGCCCGGCUUGCUAGCCCGCAGUCUUCCCAAAAUCUCCGCUCUAAGAAUCACGGAUCUCGUCUGUUUUUUAAGAGCAUUGCGAAAGCUAGCCAGCAUCGGACGGACCUGAACAUAUGACGCCCGUUUGCUUCCAUUCCAGUAAAGGUAUGACCUGCUAGUCCUCUGUUGCAAAUCUGACCGCUAGGAUCAAGCUAGCAUCAUCUGGAGUUGGAUGGACGCGCGGCUCGCACUCAAACACCCACAGCAUCCCUGGCUGGGACGCGUUCGUGCCUGUGCAGCUGCCCCGGAAUGCUAACUAUUGAGGAAGUGGCUUUAACAUGACGGGGACCAUCGCCUCUCAACUUCUCAAGGCUUUCAGGUGCUACACGGACAUUUUAUAGAUGCCAAAUGUAACGACCGUCCCGAGCUUGCACCAUGUAUGUGGCUGGCUGUGUCUUUCUCCAGCCUUGCGGAUGACACUCGCACAGAUACCGGCGGUUCAAAGCAAGCAGCGGCGGCGCGGAUACACCGUUGCCGGGUAGUGCUGAGGGACCUGACGUGAGCUUGCUAGCGCCAAGCUAGGAGGCCAACAGCACAAUAUAAAAGCCCUAAACAAAUGUCAUGGUAUCCCAUAAGGUUUUAGUCGCAAUAAUCUUAUUAAAUGUGUAUAUAGGUGUACAGUCUGUUUUUUACUUAUUUGGCGGGGUCCUUUUAACGGUCUUGUUUGCUAUGGCAUUUUUAAAUGGACCCAGGCUGCUGGACUGGGCGAAUUCACCUCCACAUCUUCAGUUUAACAAAUACGUCUUAACGGGAUACCGGCCAAUCUCCUCAGUGCAAGACUGCAUCAGAAGCCUGUUUUACCUGCACAAUGAACUUGGGAACAUAUACACUCACGGCAUCCCUUUGGUUUGCUUCCUGGUGCUGCUGCCUCUUAACAUUCCCUGGUCUCAGAUCAGCGUCACGUGGCUGGGCGUGGUGCACUUCCUGGCUUGCCUGUCGCCCCAGCUGGGCUCUGUGCUCUAUCACCUCUUCAUGAACCACGAGGGAGGGGAGCCCGUCUACCACACCCUCCUCAAGCUCGACGUGUGUGGAAUUUGCAUGAUCAACACGCUGGGCGCACUGCCCAUUGUCUACAGCACGCUGCUGUGCUACCCGUUCAUCCGCACUGUGGCCCUGUUAGUCUACAUCCUGCUGUCCAGCCACGCCAUCUACUGCGCCGUCACCGCGCGGAGCAGCGUUCGCCGGCUGCGCUCCUUCGCCUGGCAGGCGCUCUUCCGCUUCUCCUUCUUCCUGCUGCGCUGGGUGGGUGUGGGCGGCGGCAGCCCCACCUCGCUACGCCACUUUCUCAUGAUGGACGCGCUGGCCGUGCUGGGCGGGGUCAUCAACAUCACACGCAUUCCGGAACGUUUCCGCCCGGGCCUCUUUGACUACUGGUGCAACAGCCACCAGAUCAUGCACGUACUGGUGGUGGGCUCCAUCCUUUACCUGCACUGGGGUGUGCUGGAUGACCUGCUGUGGAUCAAUAGCUACAACUGUCCCUCAGACUGACCCCGCCCUUGGAACCCCCCCCCACCCCCUCACAAGGAACACUGGGACAUAAGGUUAAAGGACCUCAGGGGGAGGGAGGGGACAUUCAGGGGAAGUGAUGCUGUGAGGUGAGACGAUGUGUUGUCUGUGCAUGUGUUUGCCUCAUGCGCUCAAGCUCAGAAUGUUCAUAUCUUCGUGCAUCCUGGUACUUUGUGCGAGUGCAGGCAAAAAUGUGUCAACUCCGCCCCCCCCCCACCUACUUGCCGCAAACAUGGACGCACAGGCGCUGACACACACACACACACACACACACACACAGAACCACACAGCAACAUGGAAAUACUUUAAGCAGUAAAUUUAAUGACUAUACUACAAAGUCUUAAGUAAAGGCUCUGGUGAAAGGAUACUGCUGGGUUUAAAGCCUUUACUUAAACCUAGAAGUUUUACUUGAGCGUUAGUUGAGACGGUCUGUGGCUAAAUGAUAUCACACGCUCAAGUCCUCUCAGAUGUCACUGUUGCUACCUAUGCAGCACAUCCAUAUCUUAUCACAUGCACAUCACAUGUACGACGCACACUCAGACACCCUCACACUUAUAUUUUUGUACUACAUGUACAUACUGUAAGUGCUGCACAAAGCACUCAGAGUUUUCACUACGUCCACCUGACUGCGUUUCACUGGACUGGCUGUUGUGUCCGUCUGUUCUGCCACUGCCUCUUUCUUAACGCGUGAGUGUCGGGCUGAUUCGUCCUCAUGAUGACGAGGAGCUGAAGGCGGGUGAGGGGGGGUUCAUUCCUGAGUGUGCAAGCAUGUUGGCAGUGAGUUUACGUGCUUCGGGUGGCUUGGGUCACACACUAGAACCAGUCGUGCAGUAUUAUCGACUUUGUUGGCACCUGAGCUCAGCACCAGUGAAAUACAGGCAUUUUUAAUCAGAAAAGGAAUUGCACACGUUUACGCUUUUGUGUUGUUCAGUGGCAUAACUCUCUGCUCAUGGGAGUCCGUGAGCAAAGUCCGAGUUAUUUAUUCUUGUAUAUUUAUGACAACCUGAAACUACGAGGAAGAUUGUCAUCGUUGUUUCCUUUUGUGUAAGAUGAGGUUUUAUAACUUUUAAAUUGUAAACCGAGUGCCGUCUUAAGUUUAAAUGUUAUGCACAUUUGUUCUGUCUGAUGUGCAUUUUAAAUGACCUGACAGACACGAACAGGCAAGUUUUACACUGAAAUGCCACCAUAUGUACAUUAGAUCUUGAUGUGCUCGUGGCAGCGAGAUGCACUGACAGCUGAGUUGCCACUUUACAGUUUGCCAACUUUUAUUGUAACUUGAUUGUCAUAAUAAUUUCCUAAACAACAAGACACCUUUACACUGCAGCUGUGUUUAGUUUACAGAUAGGACCAACCUGCAUGCUGUCACAAUAUGCACAAAAUACUGUAAUGAAAUAUAUUUAUUUUGCUUUUUAUUGAGUUGUAUUUAUUUGCCGUUCAUGAAGACGUGUGUCUGCAGCUGUCUAAGCAGUUUGUGUUGUUGCUGUGCAGGAUCACUGGCUGAGAGGUCGAGCUAGAGGUCAGAGAAAAUCUUUUGUUUUAGUCAAACUGUUUAAAUCCCGAGGAUUAGCUUCUCAUUUUCUGAUGAUUGGUUUUCGACUUCUCGGUCACACAUUAAUGUUCUAGAAAAAGAUCAGUCUCAAAGCAUCGCAGUUCACAACAAUCAGCAAGAAACAUGCAGCCCUCUGUGUUAUUUAUCUGCUCUUUUUUCCUCUCACGUGAGUGAAAAUUGUUCUGAUGUGUUUGAAAGUUUACUUGUUCUUUGGCCCUUGACUUUGAUUUGGGUCAGCCGGCAUUGCCGCACAGCUGGCCACACAGCUGGCCACACUGUUGACACUUUAUGCUUUCUUUAUUUUAAAUGUACCGCCUUUGCUCUGCAGCUGGAUUUGUGGUCUUUGACAGAGCACAGCCUGACUUGCACUUUUGUAACCUGAAGAGAAGGUUAGACUGUCUGAAACCUUUUUAAAGAGGAGUAGUGUUUUAUUAAGCUGGCUGUGCCAAACAGGAAUGAACCCCCGUGCUCUCCGGUCAUGUUUGAGUCACAUCAGUUCUGUGUGUGAACAUUCAUGAUUGUUUUUGCCACUGUACUCCCCUGCGGGAUCCCAGUUGCCACUCUCGAGUAAAAGUGACUGUCGCUCCGUUCCUUCAUGUGCCGAACUAAUGGCUGAAGUGCGACACCUUUUCCACAGGCAGACUUUACUUUCUUGAUGACACUGCACUUGCUUCCCAUGCCAACAGUCGCAGCCGCCCACUGACUAGUUGCCAAUCCUGUCAGCCCCGACUCAUCUUGCCAAAUUAUUAGCGUCUGAGGUGUAGCACAUCCUCUGCUUCCUGUGCUAACUCUGACUCAUAAGUGAACAAGGAUUUCCCACAGUCCUGAUCGUCGCUGGCCUCGGACUACACCCACCCACCCACCCCUCGCCUUGAUAAAGAGUCAGAUCCUUUACGUCUGCUAGUCCCUAACAUGGCAAUCGUUGACCGCAGUACAAUGUAAAAGCUGAAACUAAUGUAUUCUUGGCCACUGAAUGAAAAACAAAUGCAUGAAAGUAGCUGAAGUCACAUAGUGUUAGCAGGUCAGAUAGAAGUGACUGUGUGGGUAGUGGGAGGGGGG